AUGGAGUUUGGCCCCAGAAGGAUCGAAAAGCGGAAUCGGGCGCCUGUCUCGUGCGAACCAUGUCGAGCUCGAAAGCAAAUGUGCAAUCGCGGCCAGCCAUGCGAGGGAUGCACCAGGCGAAACCAGGCGUCCCUCUGCCGCUAUGCGCCAAAUGCCAUUCGAAACAAGCCUCGGCCACCUAAGCCGGGCAACAUCCAGGAGCGGCUGGACAAUCUCGAGAUGAUGUUGACUUCGAUAGCGUCGAAUCCCGCCGCUCUUGGGAUCGGGGUAGGAGGAGUCAAGACCGGCAAACAAAUUGCGCCAAACACCACUACCACCACCACCACCACCACCACCAGAGGGUCAGCAGGUUUCCCACAGCAUCAAGCAUCCGUCACUCUACCACCGACUCGCCAGGAGGAUCUCGUCUUACCACCCGAACAGCCUCAUCGCCACGAAUGUGAAAAUGGCCAAGUCAGCUUCAUAGAGCCCAGCCACUGGAGGGCCAUCUUGGACGAGAUCAAGGAAGUCCGGGAGCAUCUGUCUGCGUUUGAGCGCCCCCUGCUUCAAGAAGAGCCGGAUCGCAAGAGCUUCUCCCCGGAAGAAGGGGCCGAGUAUCUCUUUGGGACAUUCCCGGUCGUUGAGAUGGAAGACGUCAUCAAUUCCCUGCCGCCAAGAUUGGUUUGCGAUGCUCUUGUCUCUCAGUAUUUCAACGCGAAGUUCAUGGUUCUGGGCAUCCUGCAUCCAGGCAAAUUCCAGAAAGAGUAUGAGAGAUUCUGGGAAGCUCCCAUGAAAGCACCUCCUCUCUGGGUUGCACUCCUCUUUUCCGUCCUCAGCCUUACGACGAGUCUCCGCCAAAUCGCCUUUCCUUCGGAGAGCAACGAUUCGGGACCAACUGCCAGCACGUUACAACAGCGGACCGUAGAGUGUCUCGUCCUGGGACGGUUCGCCACCGCAAACGCAUACGCCCUGGAGGCCAUGGUCCUCCAUCUGCAAAGCUGUUACCUCACCCAUAAUAAGCUCACAUCCGACCACUGGUUCGAAAUGGGCACCUUGAUCCGCCUCGCCUUUCGGAUAGGCUAUCACCGUGACCCAGAUAAACUACCGGGCAUCUCGGUCUUUGACGGGGAGAUGCGACGCCGUGUUUGGCAUAACAUAUUCCAGGUGGAUGCGCUGAUGUCCUUCCAGAUGGGCUUUCCCAGCAUGAUUCCAACCGAGUUCUGCGACACAAAGGUGCCGAGAAACCUGCAGUUUUCCGACCUCGAAAUAGGCAUGACUUCGCUCCCCCCUGGACGACCGCUGUUCGAAAACACCCCCAUCAGAUACCCAAUUGCAAAGUCGGGCAUCAUGGCAGUCUUCAAAAAGGUUGUUGCGCACUCUCAGUCUUUAUCGCUGCCAACCUACGACAACACUAUCAUGCUCGAUGGCGAACUGAGGGAGACGUAUAACUCCCUACCUGAGAUACUCAAAGCCAGAGAUGUCAACCGUUCGUUCAUGGAUCCCUCAAGCCUCAUCUUCGAAAGGACCACCCUCGAGAUGCUUUACUUGAAGGGGCUCAUUGUUCUCCAUCGGCGAUACAUCAAUUACGACGUCGACAGCCGUCGAUUUGAGCACUCCAGACGAACCUGUGCCGAAGCAGCCCUCGAUAUUCUGGCUCGCCACGCGGAUUUGCACCAGGCCUCACAACCUGGAGGGCGCCUGUACGACGACCGCUGGAUGGUCUCGUCCCUGACCAUGCACGACUUUCUCCUGGCUGCCAUGGUGGUUUGCUUGGAUCUUUCCGUCCGCCUUCGACGCCCUUCAAGUAUCUUGUCGCCCGGCAAAGACCAUGAUGCCCUGACCAGAAGGGAGUAUCGUGCAUUGCAGACAUCGCAAGCCAUCUGGGCAGCGACCAGCACAAUAUCUCCAGAAGCAGGUCUUGCGGCUGCAGCGCUCGGACUGAUGAUACAAAAGGUAGCUGAGAAGGACGCCAAGAAAUCACGUCCCGCUGUUUCUACCGAGGACCUCCCAUAUGCAGGCACUAUGUCGCAGAUGAUUGACAGCAUUGAGGGGCUGGAUUGGCCGAUUGAUGGAACACGUAUGGAGGGAUUUGACCUGGAUACUGGUGCUUCUCACUGGUUUGAUAUGCAGUAA